CCAGACGCCACUUUUGUAAUCUGUUUUUUUGGUAUCUACAUUAUACACAACAGUAUAAUUACCAAGGUCAAUUCAAUUCAGUAUCUAGAGAGAUAGGUAAAGAUUGUUGUUUUUGUUUUGAUAACACUUGUGUAGUUUGCAAAAUAUUUGCUGUAGAUACUGGCACAGUUAUGUUUCUGAUGAUAUUUUUGGUAGCAGCGGGUCUCGCUGCUGCACUCUGCCUCUUUGCAAGAAAACGUUGGCACUACUGGAAGGAUUUAAACGUAGAACAGGCUGAUAUCAAAGAUAUAUUUAAAAACAUCUAUAUUUUGUUCUCCAAGACGACUAGUAUUGCCGAAAUGACUGUGAUAGGAUAUAAAAAGUUUCAAAAUUCCAGGUAUAUUGGAACUUAUCAAUUUUUUAAACCGAUGGUGCAAAUUAAUGACCCCGAACUUAUAAAAGAUGUUACCGUCAAAAAUUUUGAUCACUUCAUGGAUCAUACUAAUCAAGUAUCUGAAAACUCCGACCCACUUUGGACAAAAAAUUUGGUGGCGCUUAGAGGUCAACAAUGGCGCGACAUGAGGUCUGUCCUCAGUCCUUCCUUUACGAGUAGUAAGAUGAAAGUUAUGUUUACGCUGAUGACAGAAUGUGCCCAAAACUUUUCAAAGCACUUCCAGAACAAGAACCAGGAUAUUGUGGAACUCGAAUUGAAAGAUACUUUUACAAGAUUUACAAACGACGUAAUAGCUACAACUGCGUUUGGUAUAAAAGUCGAUUCUUUAGAGAAUCCUGAAAAUGAAUUUUACUUGAUGGGAAAGGAAGUCACGAAUUUCACUAGCACUUCAAGGAUGCUGAAGAUGUUACUUGCUCAAGUUUUUCCAAGAGUGGCAAACUUCUUUAAAAUAUCAUUAUUUGAUGAGAAAACAAGAACGUUUUUUACCAAUUUAAUUGACAAGACAAUAAAAAUGAGAGAAGAAAAAGGAAUUGUUCGUCUUGAUAUGAUACACUUACUAAUAGAAGCUAAAAAAGGAGUCCAUAUUAAAGAGGAUCAUACUGUGGAUGAAGGAUUUGCUACGGCGAAAGAAGCCGAAAAUGUAUCAGGAAAAACCAUUUCAAAAGAAAUUACCAACAUAGAUAUUACGGCCCAAGCGUUAAUAUUCUUCUUGGGUGGAUUCGAAACCGUAUCCUCAACAAUGUGUUUUGUUGGUUAUGAACUAGCUGCUAAUCCAGAUUACCAGCAGAGGCUGAGAGAAGAAAUAAUGGAAACUUUGGAACAGUGCCAGGGAGAAUUAACUUACGAAGCUUUAUUAAAAAUGAAGUACAUGGAUAUGUUUGUGUCAGAAUCUUUGAGAAAAUGGCCCGUUGCUUUAAUAACCGAGCGACAAUGCACCAAAGAUUACACCAUUAAACCCGAACGACCAGAAGAAGCACCACUUACUAUCAAAAAAGGAAUGUCAAUCAUUAUGCCAGUAUAUCCUAUUCAUAGAGAUUCAAAAUACUAUCCAGAUCCAGAUAAAUUCAACCCUGAGAGGUUCAGUGACGAAAACAAAAGUAAAAUUAACCCUUACGCUUACCUACCGUUUGGAAUUGGCCCAAGAAUUUGUAUAGCCUCCAGAUUUGCUUUAUUAGAAAUCAAAGUGGUGUUCUUUUAUUUGCUUAAAGAUUUUGAAAUUGUUCCUGUAAAGAAAUCACAAAUUCCUCUAGUAAUUUCGAAAGAAAACUUCCAGCUCUCGUCUGAAGGAGGCUUUUGGUUUGGACUGAAACGUUUAUAGAUUUUAAAUGAUCAAUGGGUUGUACAUGUGAGUCCAUUAUUACAACUCUAUUUCUAGAUUUUAUUUUGUAAUAUAUUCCUAAUUUAGAAUAAGGUGGAUAAAUAUAUAUUUUUUAUUAAUACUUA